AUGGCAUCUUCUGUCACGAUGGUGAACUCGGCGACGGUGACGACGGCACCUGGUCUGUACACGCAGACAUCGAUGGACUCGCUGAACUCCCAUCCGGCGACGGCCGCGCAGGCGCGGGCCUUCACGGCCCCGACGUCACUUUCGUUUCCUGGAGGCACGGACACCAUGACGCCACCGUCUGAAAAAGAUGGGAACGCGCCUAACGGCAUAAAGGCGGCGUCUACGAACCCAGCGUCAGCACCGGGAACGGUUGCUACCACUGAAAACAAGCGGCUGCGACGGUGGGAGAAUAUUGUCGCGACUGUCAACCUCGACUGCCGGCUUGACCUGAAGACCAUCGCGCUGCAUGCUCGCAAUGCAGAGUACAAUCCGAAACGUUUUGCUGCCGUCAUCAUGCGUAUUCGCGAUCCGAAGACGACAGCUUUGAUCUUUGCAUCUGGCAAAAUGGUUGUUACUGGUGCCAAGUCUGAGGACGACUCGAAGCUGGCCUCCCGCAAGUACGCUCGUAUCAUCCAGAAGCUGGGCUUCAAUGCGAAGUUCACCGACUUCAAGAUCCAGAACAUUGUGGGCAGCUGCGAUAUCAAGUUCCCUAUCCGCCUUGAGGGCCUGGCCUCUCGUCACCACAACUUCAGCUCCUACGAACCUGAACUGUUCCCCGGUCUUAUCUACCGCAUGAUCAAGCCCAAGAUCGUGCUACUCAUCUUCGUCAGCGGGAAGAUUGUUCUCACAGGCGCUAAAGUCCGUGAGGAAAUCUACACUGCUUUCGAAAUGAUUUACCCUGUCCUUCAAGACUUCCGCAAGGUCUGA